UAUAAGCAAGAUGCCCGAUUAGUGCCUGGAAAGUAUGGAUUUGAGAGCAGGAAGGAAAGAUUUCCUGGCGAUAUGGUUUCGACGAAGUCACAGCUGAAAUUCAAACUUCGCCCAUUAGCGAUUUGAUUCGUUCAUUUUUAACCAAUGGAGCUAGACUCUCGGAACAUGAUACACGGUGAGAUCUUGUCCUGGUAAACAAAGAAUUACAAAAUUAUAUGUCUGUUCCGCAUGGAAUAUUAGCACAGACAACUGACGCAAAUUGUAUAAAGGCUACUUCCCUCUUGAUAAGCGCUCUUUUGAUAAAGGAAACAAUGGAUGCUGAAAAAGGUUACAGCAAAGUGCAAAGCAGGAAAAAACCCUCGGUCACUUGGAAUCGCGUUUUCGUUGUUAUCGUAUCAAUUGUGGCGGUCGUUGGUCUCUGCAACUUUAGUCUCGGGAUGAUUCUGUGGAUAGAGGUGAAAGAUCUCAGGCGGCUAGCCCUGCAGGAGGGAAAGAUUUCAUCUACGAAUUCAAUGCAAGCUAAGGGUCUGCAGCUCAACACAAACGUCAGCUUCACAGAAUGGUUAAAUGAGCAGCAUCAAUCAGGGCGUUAUAGUCUCCCUUCCCCCAUCAAAGAUCUCCUGCAUGAAACUCACAGAAGAUACCGUCGUUCGAAAACCACAUGCCACAAACAAAGGUGUGAUCACCUGCCAAAGAAACGCCGAGAUGCUUGCCGUCAUCGUUGCUCAACGGAGAAUGAUAUUAAAGGACGACUCGACAAAGUAGAAAAGGAGGUAGAGGCAUUAAAAAAACAGCUUUCGACCCCGGCUCAGGUCACACGAACAAAGUACGAAGACCGACUUGGGCAUUUUGAAGGCGGGAGUGGUCCAAACAACAAAAACUGUAAAAAUAAGUUUCUAAGCACACGGGAAACAUACUUGAAAACAACCGCCGAUGGCAAGAUUUGCAUGUGGCAAUAUGCCAGCUGGGUGACCAAUGGUGCAAAACAACUUUACGUUCUCAAUACGGCUGAUGGCACGGUGAGGGUCACCGAGGGAGGCGUCUAUUUCAUCUAUGGACAGCUAAUUGUUAACGAUAUUGGACCGCGUGUGGCGCAGGGGCUAUGGGUCUACGACGCCAGCGGCAACAGGAAAGAGUUAGCAAGAUGCGUGGAGACGGCCAGAUCAGAUGGAACAAACAAGACAUUUCGAACAUGCUAUUUCGGGAUCAUGGCGAGGAUAGAAAAUGGUUCAAAAGUCUAUUUGGCAAUAAACACUGCACCCCUAGACAUUGCCGUUCGGAUAUACCAUACAGACAAGACGGCUUUCUUUGGACUUAUAAAAUUUACCGGGUCCGAUACAUGAGACCUUGAGCGAAUUCCGAGCCCGAGCAUUACGCGGUUCCGGGCUUCUCGUGUUUCUGAGUUCCGCGUCACCCGAAACCGUGUCUUGGCAAAAACCUUCUCCCUGGUUCAAAAUAUUCAAUUCAGUUCUUAUUAUCCUUGGACUUUGGAUCUGGGGCUCUUUGGGAACACUAUGGUUUUGCUUCUCCGGGGUGAGACAUAUAGUCUUAAAACUAAUAAAUACGUAUUGGACAAUACGCAAAAACAUGCGCAGAUCGUCGUAGAAUUGAAUGUCGGACAUUCUGAGAUUGGUACUGUGCAGUGGGGACAGCGCCUAUAUGUGGUUAGGUUGGUGUAAAUAUUGUAAACUAUCCUGUACAGUCAAUCUUUUUAAUAAAAUUCAGACAUUUGAA